AUGACAUUCAAGAGCUCACCCAGGGGCAUCACCAUCCAGUACGAUAAAUAUAUCCAUCUAGUCGACUACUACCUAUGUAACAUACUCCACAACCCGAUUUAUUCGUCAACCAUCAUCAUUUCAUUUACAUAUUACCAGUUAGUGCAGAAUCUGAGCACCACCACAACCACUGCGAAAGAAGACUAUGCGUAUGACUUGGUUUCCAAUAUCAUCAACUUGAUAUUCAUAUGCCGGUUUCAGUUCAAGUUUGCCCACAACCACAAGCUUGUGCCCCCGCUAGCCAAGUUGGUUAGCGAAGUUGUCUUUUUGCUCAUUCAAAUUGCAUCGUGCUGCUACCUCAUGACCACGCUAUACCCCGUCUACCCCAGCUCGAUCCAGAUAUUCAUCAUCUUGCAGAUCUUGUUGCCGUUUGUCAUUUUCGUCACUUCGAUGUGGCACCAUGCAGCUCAAGAAUGGACGAGGGCGUUACUGGAGUGCAAUAACAAUCUCUUGCCCUUUUUCAUUAGCAAUUCGUUUUUAUUUAUAAAUUACUAUGAUGACGGGCUUGGCUCGAUUGGAUUGAUGGGGUUAUGUUUCAAGUUGGCGUGCUUUUCGUUCAAGUUUUACUUGAUUUAUCAGUUUGUCGUUUACGAGUUGAUCAGUAUCAAUUACUGCGACCUGGGAAUGGAGAUUGUUGAUAAUUGUCAGUUCUACUUGCAGAGGCCGAAUUUGGGGCUGGCACCAACACUGGAGGUGCAACUAGACGAGGAUUUAGAGAAGAAGAUGACGGCGGAGGGAGAGACAGACGAACAGAUGCUGAUGAUGACGACGAUGGCUCAGGUCAAGAGAUGGAUGAGGUAUACCCUGUUUAAGAACUGGUUGAUGGUAUUUGUAUCUUGCGCCAUGAUUGGCGUUGACGUUUAUAAGAUGAUUUAG